AUGUUUUCAUACUUCGAAGAUGACACCGAUACUCUUUUUAGAUGUUUGUUAGUAAAUCGAGUUUGGUUUGAAAAGGCGGCCGCCAUACUUUGGAGGUCACCCUUUUGUCAACCAAGAAAGCCUUCGAGAAAAUUGAUUGAAACUUUUAUUUCAUUUCUUGAUGGUCGUUCAAAAACAAUUCUUGCCGACAACGGCAUCUUUCCCAUACCUUCUUCAUCGAGAAAAUCACCCCAUACCUUCGUUUAUUCUCCAUUCGUGCGUAACCUUUGCUAUAGGCGUUUGUAUGAAUCUGCCUGUUCUUUUAUUUUUGGAGACGUCGAAAACCGAAAAAGGAAGACUUGGACCGAGGAGAAACGUUGUUUAUUAUUGGUUGAAGAAUUGUGCAAAUUUCUGAUUAGGAAUUGUCCUUGCAUCGACACCUUAUCCUAUGAUACAGCCGACGUUAACUUCUAUGGCACCGAUGUUUAUAUGAAACUUCCAAUGAUGCCAACUGCAAAAAAUUUGUUUGCACGUUUAAGGAAGCUUGAUUGUGGUGGAAAAUACGAGAAAGGUGAAUUGAUGCAUGCUAUAUCGAUGCAUUGCAAAAAUCUUGACACCCUUGAACUCAAUUUCUACGAAUUUGAUAUGUUUAAUUCGGAUAGUAGACUUGAGCUUAAAAAAAUGUCCGGUUUGAUCUGUUCCCAGAAAAGCUUGCAUAAUCUUAUAAUUCGUGGAGGAAAAUUCAAAUACUUAUCGGAUUUCAUGAAACCUCUGGAAACGCAGAAGAAUUCUUUGAGUCGAGUCGAAUUCCAUCGUGUUUAUUUUAGGGACUCUGGACCUUUGGAGGCGCUUGCUAGUUGCUUAAAUCUAGAAAUACUCACCUUUCGAGAUUGCGAGAAUUUAAAAAAUGAAACCUUUUUACCUUUGGCCUCGGUGGCAUUUACGAAAUUGAGAACAUUUACACUUAAAAAUAGACAUCAACAAUCCUUUGAUAGCUUGGCUCAGAUGAUCAAAAAUACACGAGGUUCUUUGCGAGAGAUUAGAUUUAGAAGACGUAAUAUUAAAAACAUGGUGAUUUCCGAAGUCCCCGACAUCCCUUUGAAUGUUAUAGAAACGAUUUCAAAGGCAUGUCCUAACCUUCACACUUUUGAAUGCCACAUAGAAAAGCAAUCGAUGCUCUAUUUUCAAUUAAUAUUAAAUUCUUGCGCAUUAGAAAAACUCUAUGUCUCUAUCGAGUCUGAAUGCAAAGAAUUCUUUAGAUCACGGGUUCCAUCUCUUUUACCCAGUUCUCUACAUCAUUUGACCAUCUCGACCAUGAAUAGAUUUACUUCCGAUGAUUUGGAUCGAUUUUUAAAACUGUGCUCGGUACCUUUGACAACAUUCCAAUUAACGACUUCUCCCUUUGUGGAUGAUCAAUGCCUGAAGGUUAUUGUGAAAUUUGCUCGACGGCGUAGAACUCUGAAAUACGUUACUUUACCUCGUUGUUCAUUAGUCACUGGAGAAGCAAUAAGAAAAGCUCGGGAAGUUAUUUCCUUCAUCGAAAAGGUGGGCGAAGAAUAG